AUGGCCGAAGGUACAAGAUUCAAAGCUCUGGAGGAACAGAUCAAACGGCAAGAAAACAAACUGCAGGAAUUCAUUGAAGAUUCUCUUCUGAAUAGGAAGCAGAUCGAUGAACGGUUGGAGACUAUCACUGCAGAAUUGAAGACCCUGGUAGCAACUGUGUCGACUCAAUAUGGCAAUCUCAUGCGAACCAUCAAUGGAGAUAAGGGAAUUUUGGGUCCCGGCAGUAAUGCAGAGAAGUUUCCAAAUCGAUCGGGUAAUCGGAACGUAAUUUGGUUGGAUGAGCCCCAUCAAGAACGUGGAGUAAGGAAGAAUUUUCAUGGCCCUUUCCCUAAGGUGGAAUUUCCUCUGUUCAGAGGGGAAAAUCCCCGAGAAUGGCUAAGGAAAUGUAUCAAAUACUUUCAGAUAUAUCAUGUGGCAGAGGAACAAUGGUUCGAUAUGAUAGAAAUGCAUUUAGAGGAUAAGGCAGAUAUAUGGUUUCAAGGGUUCAAGAUGGGUCUAAGUAAGCUUUCUUGGCCUGAGUUUGAAGAAGGACUCAUAAAGAGAUUUGGAGAAGUCGGACAAGAUGAUGCAGUAGAAGAGUUCAGUAAAUUGCAGCAAACCUCCACCGUUUUAGCGUAUCAGGAGAAAUUCGAAGAGCUCAAAGCCAGAGUUUUGAUCAAGACCCCAGGACUAACAGAACCUUUCUUUAUCUCUUGCUUCUUGAGUGGGUUAUCUGAAGAGCUCAAGAUAUCCGUCAAAAUGCACAAGCCUCGAACUCUGUCAGAUGCCUUUGAGACAGCGAGAAUGCAGGAAAAGGCCUUUGAAGCAUUCACCAAGAAACAGAAAAUGGCUUCCAAGAGCUUCGCUCUACCUUCACCUAGAGUGAAUCAUGCUCUUGAAGGAGCCGAGAGUAGUAAAAGAGGGGGAUCUCCUGUGUUCCAGAAAAUAUCCCCAUCAGAAUUACAGUACAGAAAGACCAAUCAUCUAUGCUUCAAAUGUGGGGAUAGAUAUGGACCCGGGCAUGUAUGUAGUAGGAAGGGGAUUCACAUGUUACUCGUUGAUGAUGAAGACAAAGGAAAAUUGGAGGAAUCAAUCUUGACCGAAGGGGAAGUGAUAGAAUAUAGUGGGGCCAGUAGUCAUAAAGAUGUAGAAUUUUCCAUCCAUUCUAUGACUGGUGAACUGCUGCAAGGCACUAUCAAACUGAAGGGGAAAUUUAAUAGGAAACCGCUCUCAAUAUUUUUGGAUGGAGGAAGUUCUCACACUUUUGUUAAAGCUUCAGUGUUCGAGGAAAAUCCUCAAUUAGUAGUACCAAGGAAACCGUUCGCAGUCAAGGUGGCUAAUGGGCAGGUGCUACAGUGUAAUAGCUGGGUUCCACGGAUGACCUGGGAAAUGCAAGGGCAUACAUUCACUCAUGAUGUAUAUGUGCUCGCAAUUGAGUCGUAUAAUAUGGUAUUGGGGGUCGAUUGGAUGAGGGAGCACAGUCCUGUAACCUUUGAUUUCAAGCAUCUGCAAUUCUCCUUUAAUCAGGAAGGGCAGGAAGUGAAGCUACAAGGAGAUUUGGGAGAGACAAACAUCAAACUGAGGAAGGGAGAAACUGUCCAAAAGUUUUUGAGACGGAAGAAGAAAGAAACUCUCCGCAGGCCCUGUGUUCUAGCAGUUGAUACUCCUGAGGUAACAUCUCACACUGAUGACUCCAUAAGUGCACUCCUGGCUGAUUAUACUGAUGUGUUUGGAGAACCUUCCACCUUACCUCCUAUUAGACAGUUAGAUCACAAGAUACCCCUUAAGCCAGAUUCUAAACCUUUCAAGUUGAUUCCUUAUAGAUAUCCCCAUACUCAAAAGAAUGAAAUUGAAAAACAAGUUCAGGAAAUGCUAGUUAAUGGCAUUAUUCAGCCUAGUCAUAGCCCUUUCACUUCACCUGUCCUGCUAGUUAGAAAAAAAGAUGAAACCUGGAGAUUUUGUAUUGAUUAUAGACAGUUAAAUGAAAUCACCAUUAAGGACAAAUUUUCCAUCCCUAUCAUUGAUGAUCUCUUGGACGAGCUCCAUGAUAUCAUAAACUUUAUGCCAUAUGCCAAACUCUCCAAAUGCACUUUUGGUCAGCCACAUGUUGAGUACUUGGGACACAUCGUCACCGAGGAUGGAGUAGUAACUGAUCCUGCAAAGGUAGAGAGCAUGGUAUCCUGGCCACGACCUGAUUCUGUCAAAGCAUUAAGGGGUUUUCUUGGGUUGACCGGGUAUUAUCGAAGAUUUGUUAAGGGCUAUGGGUUGAUAGCUAAACCUUUGACUGAUUUGUUAAGGAAAGAUUCCUUUGAGUGGAGUAUCGAAGCGGAGAACGCUUUCUGCCAGUUGAAACGUGCCAUGAGUUCUACCCCUGUAUUAGCAGUACCGGACUUUACUAAACCUUUCAUCCUAGAGACUGAUGCCAGCCAAAAAGCUCUAGGAGCUGUGUUGAUGCAACAAGGAAGACCAAUAGCAUAUAUGAGUCAGGUACUAGCAAAUAAAAAUCCUAGGAUGUCAAUAUAUGAGAAGGAGUUGCUGUCCCUAAUUGUUGCAGUGACGAAGUGGAGGCAUUAUUUGAUGGGAGCACAUUCAUCAUUAAGACGGACCAUGAAAGUCUCAAGUAUCUGCUAG